AUUGAGUCUCUAGAAUCUAUAUUCAACUACCUAGUUUUCAUCCCCUUAUAUAUAUACCUCUAUUGAAUUCAAGGGACUGAUCAAACCCAAGUGACCUUAACUUGCUCUCACCAAUCUUGUAUACUCAGAUCACUCCUCUUCACUAAUAAUCAAUCAUGCAGACCUCAUCAAUUCUUCAAGAUUUGUUCAUUGGAAAUCCAAUCAUCUCAGCAGCAUGUGAUCAGCUGCAGAAGACAGUUAACAGAUACUACUUGCCUGAUCCUGUCAUUGCCCAAUCUCAGUACUCAACAAAGGCAUCAAAACAAAGUAGACUAUACUCCAUUAUAAACAAGCUUGUAAAGAAAGCAGAUAGUAGUCAUUCACAAGGAGUUCAAGAACAUGUGAGAUUGGGGACAAAGAUAUCUGAAACUGUUAAGGAGAAGUUGAGAUUAGGGGCUCAUAUUCUUCAGGUUGGUGGAGUGGAGAAAGUCUUCAAGCAAUUCUUUAGGGUGAAAGAAGGGGAGAGGUUAUUGAAAGCGUCACCAUGCUAUCUAUCGACGACGUCAGGCCCUCUAGCAGGUCUGCUCUUUGUCUCCACCGACAAGGUUGCCUUCUGCAGCAAUAGAUCAAUGAAGGUCUACAGCCGGGAAGGCCAGAUGUGCAGGAUCCGUUAUAAGGUUGUCAUUCCGCUCAAGAAAGUCAAGUGUGUGAACCAAAGUGAAAGUAUUCAAAAACCAAAACAGAAGUUUAUAGAGAUAGAUACAGUGGACAAUUAUGAAUUCUGGUUUAUGGGUGUCUUACAGUAUCAGAAAACUUUCAAAUAUCUUGAGCAGGCAAUUUCACAAGCUUACAUGAAGAAAGAGUCACCCUUUUGAGCCUAUAAGCUGAGUCACAAAAAUUCAUGUUCUGAGGAUACACAUUAAGAUUCAAGAGAUGAUAGUUAGCAAUAAAAAUGGGUAGCCAUAAGUGAAGAGUGAAGAUGCAGGGCUUCAUUUAGGAUGCAGAGAACAUCUUAUUGGGCUUCAUCUUUUCACCUAAUGUCUGAGUACAAACAAUUAGAUGGCACUUGUCACUGUAAACCUGAAACCAAGUUUAUCAAAUUUGAGAUUGUAGAGCAUAAGUAAACUUGAAUCCUAAGAGUCAGCUCGUAAGCUCGUAAGAGUUUACACGAAAACUCGAUUUGGGUACAAGUCAACUCAAGAUUUUGAUAAUGUUGCAUGUGAUGUUGAAUAGAAAAGAUUGUUAUCAUCUGAGGUGCAGAGAAUAUGGCAUUGCUGUCCCCAUGUUUGCAUAUAAACUUUGCUGCCCAGUUGUAAGCUUUCAGGCUCAACUAUUUUUGUAUCUAUGAUGUAAAAUUUUCAGGAGCUACAUUUUGCAUUUCGGAUUGCAAUU